GCUCUCAUGACUAGACUUCGUGCUCAUUUCACAUUUGUUUUUUCCUCCACACAAUCCACGAUGCACUCGGCGGCUUCGUCCAGGAAUCUCAGGAGUUGCCUGAUACGUCUGAGGCUCCGAUGCAAGACGCCUCAGUUAUUGGAGAGCGCUCAUGGUCAGAAACAACAUUAGACACGCCUCAAAGAGCACUGCGACCCCCUUCUGUCUGCUUCGCUCUAGCUGAUGCCAAAGGUUCUGUUCACCAACUUCGGUCGGUCCUGGGCGGACCGUGAUGAUGAUCACGAUGUUCCGGGGCAUAUCUAAAAGCUCUGUCCUCAAACCUCCCAAGACUGCAGACUUUUCAUCCACUCCCAUCUUCAAGAAACUCUCGCUUCAAGUAUCGCUGUGCGAUGUCAGGACCAAAAAGGGUAUGCCAGGUCGUCAAACUCAAACCGGAAGCCUUGUCCGAAUAUAAAAGCGUACACGCGGCAGUGUGGCCCGGCGUUCUCGCUGCCAUCGAACGCGCCCACAUCGUUGAUUACUCUAUUCAUUAUCUCCCAGAGCUUAACUUGCUCAUCGCCAACUUCAAAUACGUCGGAAAUGAUUAUGAGAAAGACAUGGCGAGCGUAGCAAAUAAUGUGGACACGCAGAGAUGGUGGAAGUUGACGGACGGUAUGCAAGAAAGCCUUGUAGAUGGCGCCACCGGCUCGGGAGGAGAGAUUCCUUGGUGGAAGGAACUAGAAGAAGUAUUCCGAUUCGAGGGCGAGCGGAAGUGACACAGCAGCUCUACGUACCUUCCACUAGACUGUUGCUGUCCGUUGCCCUUCGAAAUUAGUACCAUCCUGCUCGAACAGUGUACAAUGCUACAUCCUUAAAUGGAAAGUCAAGAU